CCACGUUUCUCUAUUCCAAGUAUUAAAAAACACCGUGAUAUGUAAGCUCAUCAACGCAUCGUCAUCAUAACCUAGCUGCCUACCUAGUAGCCAUGUAUCUAGCUACCAACAUGCAUAGUAGUUUGGCCGAGGUGCCGAGGCACGACGAGUUUCAAGACGGUCUAAGUGAUUAAUUAGCCCGAUUACCUACCAACAAAGGAUCAUUAACCUGUUCCUGAAUUUAACAUAAGCUUAUAUACAUGUAUUUGAUAUCGCGAAGGGGAAGAUAUAAUAGUAGAAACGACAUAUAAGCAUUGGUUACACAGGGAAUAUCUUCACUUAUACUGCGCGUAUCUUCAUAUCUUUUUAUUAACUACUAGAUACCUACCUACCUAUCUCAUAACUACCUUGAAACAUCAUGGCGGCGGCACAUCCCCCCAUCGUACUCUACCACUACCCGACCUCGCCUUUCGCCAAACGGAUCGUGUGGUACCUAAAUCUACGACAGAUCCCCUAUUCUCAAUGCCUCCAGCCCGUCAUCCUCCCACGCCCCGACCUCAAAGAAGAACUCGGGAUCUCCUACCGGCGCAUCCCCAUCCUCUCCAUCGGGCGGGACGUGUACCUAGACACGCGGCUGAUCCUCGCCAAGCUGGAGCAGCUCUUCCCCCCUAGCCCCUCCCACCCCAGCCUAACCACCCCCUCCCCUCUCCAAAACGAACACGCCCUCCUCUCCGCCCUCCUCUCCCGCACCAUCAUCGCCCCCAACGGCCUCUUCCUCCGCGCCGCGCAGCUCCUCCCCCCCAAACUCUUCGCCGCGCCCGGGAACGGCACCCCGCAGUUCCUGCGCGACCGCGCCGACCUGUCCGGCGUCAACCUGCCCCCCUCCUCUCCCUCCUCCCCAAACGCCGCCGCCGACGUCUCCGCCUCCCCCCUCUCCCCCGCCACCCUCGCCGCGCGCCGUCCCGAGGCCCUCGUCGAGAUACGCGCGUACGCCGCGCUCCUCGAGCGCACCGUCUUCUCCGACGGGCGGCCCUGGAUCGUCAAGGGCGCCGGGGGCCCGACGCUGCUCGACAUCGAGGCGGUCUGGAUCCUGCACUGGCUGCGGCAGAUCCCGGGCGCGCUGCCGGCGGGGUACGUCGACAGCCGCGUGUUCCCGGGGGUGUUUGCGUGGGUCGAGCGGUUCGGCCGCGCCGCGGAGCAGCGGCCGGCGGGCGAGGCGGCAGCAGUAGUACAGGGCGCCGAGGCAGCGUCGCUGAUCGCGGGGUCGGCGUUCGCGGAGGCGGAGGCGGGGGUCGACGCGGCGGAUCCGGUGGUGCUGGCGGAGGGGCUGGGGAAGGGGGUGCAGGUGCGGAUGUGGCCGACGGACUGGGGGUUCACGCACAAGGACACGGGGACGCUGGUGGGUGUGGAUGAUGCGCAGUUCGUGGUCGAGGUAAAGGGGAAGCGGGGGACGGUGAGGGUGCAUGCGCCGAGGCGGGGGUUUAAGGUUGCGAAGGUUGGGGAGGGCGAGAGUAGGUUGUAGAGUAACCUAGGUAUGGAGAGUCUACGUGUAUUUAUAUGUCUAGGUAUCUUAUGUGCGUGAUCAUAUGAGACGGUAAGCCUAUAGAUUUACAGGUGAAGUUCUAACUAGGUACCUACUCAAAAUAGACGAUUAUUGUUAUAUGAA